AGGGGCGACCUGUACGCUCUACGUUCAUUUUGUGAACGAAAAGAAAAGCAGACAAAAAGCAAAGAUGCUGAAGAACGAAAGCAGUCCUUAAUUGAUAAAAUAAGGUGCAAGAAAGUAAAGCGCUCAAGUGGCCCUGAGUGGCAGAAGAAAAAUACGCCCUCUAGCUCCUAUGGUAAACCGCGAAAAUUUGAGUUAGGCUGGCAGCAUUUCUCAGAAGUCCAGAAAAGGUUUGUUGCUGUUCGACAGUCCAUUGGAGGGGGGACUAGGUCUGUAUCGAUGUCAGGCAACAGUACCAUUUCCGACAUUCUAGAGGAAGCUCGGAACCUGUUUUUCCCUCAAGGAAAAUCAGUAUAUGGAAAUUGGAUGGACAUGGAUUGCGAGUUAGCAAACUUUAAGGGUGAAGUGAAAACAAGCCUAACCUCCCAUGAAGGUAAUGUAAUGGACUUCUCUCUUCAAUCAUACUUCGAACUCCACAAGCUCACUCGUGUCCGCCUGUAUCUGAGGACGCGACAAAGAGGAACAUUAUCCAUCUCAGUUGAGGAGGGGGAACCGGAAGCCGAGUCGGAGACUCUUGGAGUGCUUAAAGGAAGCUCGCGUGAAAGGGCCAAACUGAGAGAGGAACAAGACGGAGAGUAUGCGGAAAGCCUGCGCGCAGACCGCGCGAAAACGGAGCGUAGGGAACAAGCCCUUAAGGAAGAAUUAAAUAAAGCAAGAAAGGACGAAGAAAUUCACGCCGCUCGCUUGUCAAGAGUGUUAGACGAACCAACGGUAGAUGAACCGCGUGUGGUUGUUCGUGUCCGCCACAUCGACUUGGGCUUGGUCAAUCGUGCCUUCAAACCCAACCAGGAGAUGGCGGCAGUGUACGAUUGGAUUGGCUCGCUGCAGCUUAUUCCGCUGUACUUCUCGUUAUCCAGC